AUGGAGUUCAGUGGUAAUUCGAAUGCCGGUUCUUCCUCUAGGUCAAAAAAGAGUCAGAGGCAAAAGCAACAACAACCGCAGUUGCAACCACAACAACACAAUGAAGAAAUAAAGUACGUAGGAGUGAGGCGGAGGCCGUGGGGAAGAUACGCAGCUGAAAUAAGAAACCCGACUACAAAAGAGAGGUAUUGGCUAGGUACUUUCGAUACAGCCGAGGAGGCUGCAUUGGCCUAUGAUAGAGCCGCACGUUCCAUAAGAGGCUUGACCGCUCGGACCAACUUUGUCUACUCCGAUAUGCCUCGUGGCUCCUCAGUAACCUCCUUCAUCUCUCCUGAUGAAUCCCAACGUUUCAUUUCCGAGUUAUUCAACCCUCCAAGCCAAGUAGAAGCUCUUGAAAACACCAACAACAAUCUCUAUUCAUCGACCAACAACCAAAACCAAAACUCUAUUGAAUUCUCAUACAACGGUUGGCCCCAAGAGAGUGAAUGUGGUUAUCAAUCUAUAAACAAUGAUGAUCAUUGUGAUCAUGAGCUUCCACCUCUUCCUCCAAGUACUUGUUUUGGAGCUGAACUUAGGAUUCCCGAGACGGAUGGCUAUUGGAAUGUGGCGCAUGCAAGCAUGGAUACAUUUUCCUUUGAGCUCGAUGGCUUUGUGGAUCAAAAUAGUCUUGGUCAGAGUGGAGCAGAAGGGUUUGAUUCUUCAUCCUCCACAUUCUUCUAG